AUGAAGAGCGAAAGUGCUGUCCUCACCUAUUCCUGCACAGCAGCAAACAUUGGAGCCUUAGAGAUAUUGCUCAAGGGAAACCAUCGACCGAUCUACGUGGAUCGCUUUGCCCAUGCGACACUGCAACAUGGGGUGACUGUUGCUGGUGCCGCAGGGCGAUGUCAGGUGUUUCAACACAAUGACCUGGACCACCUCCGAUCAUUGAUAAGAAAAACAGGGAGCGGAGUGGUAGCCGUGGACUCGAUAUACAGCCCUACUGGAGAAGAAGCACCGAUGGCUGACUUGGUGGAAUUAUGCCGCGCUUUCGGUUGUAUCCUUGUCGCAGACGAGAGCCACGCACUUGGAGUUAUAGGGGAGCACGGCGAAGGUCUGGUUGCCCAUCUUGGUUUAGAGGACGGAGUUCAAGUGAGGACGACAUCUUUAAUAAAAUGUCUUGCAUGUGAAAAUGGCGUUAUCGCCAGCAGCCGUGACGUCACUGAUUGCUUCAACCAUGGUUCAACGUUAGGCAUAUACAGCAAUCCCGUUCAAAUCUCUAGCGCCAUAAGAGUGAAAAAGGCAACGGAGAUGGCAAUUCAGGCAACGGAACAACGGAAAAACUUGCGAAAUCUGUCAAAAUCUUUUCGACAACAGCUUAAUAAGGCUGGCUUUCCUGCCAGGGUAGACAUCGACCACCCCAUAGUUUCCCUUGUUGUCGGUGAGAUGGACAGGGCGGUAAAAGUACACCAUUUCCUGUGCUCUAAGGGAGUAUACCCAUGGGUUUUCUGUUAUCCCUUGAUCCCGAAGAAAGAAUCCCUGGUGAGGUUUGUCAUCAAUCAUUCUGUGACUCCGGAGAAACUAGCAUACACCGUGGAAACGCUAAGGAGUCUCAAAGACGAUCUGCCGCCGUGCUCUUGGACCACCUAA